AUGUUCGCAGUUACCCCGAACUUCAGGCGACGCAGAUCAUUUUGCUGUGGGCUUCUGUCUGAUUCGAUAGUGGGACGGUUGGUGAUGAUAACAUCCUUUCGUUCAACGCAACUCAGUGACCCACCCAUAGCUGUAUCCACGCGCGCAAGUUUCUCCGCUAAUUCCAGAACCUCGCCCAAUUUCUGUGGUGGGUGUAACCUGAGCUCGUUUGAUAGACGGUGUAUGUACUCUUUCCAUCAACUGUUCCAAACUACGUUUCUCCUGUACCUGUCGAUUCUCGUUCGCGAACACGCGCUCACCAAGGUGUUUCAGAUCAAAAAUGAUAGCUCUCAGGUUCUC